GGGUGACGUGAUCCUAUUCACUCCCCAAUAAUCCGACUUGGAGACCGACGUCAUGAAGCACUUCAAUGAAUACACUUGGGUCCAGGCGCGAAAAGGAAAAUGGAUAAAAGUGAAGCAACCAUCGUUGAGCGAGAUCCUCGAAGCUUUGGAGACGAUGACUCAACCACUGUCAUCCCCAACCGAUACGACUGGGGCUGCAUCAUUCUGGACGUUUGAAGAGCAUGAGAGAUUCGUGCAGGGCCUGCGGUUGCAUCCCGAUGGAUCCUAUGAACAGAUCGCGGACCAUAUUGGGACCAAAUACGUCAGUGAGGUGGUAAAUUACGCGAUGGAAUGCUGGAAGUCAUGCAAGUACCAGCAAAUUACUCCUGUGAAGAAACAUCGAGUCAGGAAGUGGUUGAAAGCGUCGCUGAAAUGGUGUGUUGAAGCCCUGUCAUUUCAUUGCCUGCGACGCCAGGAACGCACCACAUAUACUGCAGCAGAUUACUCCCCAGAGCUGGGCAGUGUAUCUUUCCCCGCCAGUGUAGAAGCUAAUCGCGAAAACAAAGCACCAACGCAAGCAUCGACACCGGAGCCUGUUUACAGCGAUAUCAACAUUGAAGCCGCUGUGUAUUCUAUGGGAGCUGCAUUUCUUAGGCGUGACCAAACAGACAGCGAGCUUGAAGUAGACUCUAAUGCUAAAUUCUUCGGUUAUGCACCCCCAUCCAAGAAGGGUUCACUUUUUAAAAAGAGAAUCGGAUCGAUACAACUAUUUGAGAGAAGAGGUGUGGUCACAAGGGAUGCAUCGACACUGGAAACGAGUCCUGAAACGCUGAAGAAGCAGGGUCCAUGGAGUAGCGACGAGCACCAGCGAUACUGUGAGGGACUGGAAAACUAUCGUUACGGAUCAUGGAAGCUCAUUGCGGAUCAUGUCGGAACGAGAACAGAGCGACAAGUGAUGAGCCAUGCACAGAGUAUACGAGCAAAGAGAAAACGUGCCGAAGACCGCGAGAAGCAUGGCCAGCAAGGACAUAUAUCUUCGAAGCUGCCGGCAUCACGCAAAAAUGCGAGGACGAGGACGUCUACUGUAAGCACUCCAACUGCGAUAGGUUAUUCGAAUACGCAGGUAACACUACUGGAGGUUCUUCUUGCUUCAUUGGAUAAUCCGUAUCUUGAGGCCAGCAACUCGAGUCCGACCAACGAAGCUUCCUCGACAACUACGGUUGGUUAUUCUGACGCCGUAGCAGACGAUUUGUCGCCUACGCUCGCAGGUGUUCUUAGUUUUGAGCUGUCUACCGACCAAUGCGAGCUACCUGGUAUUAUCGAGCGAAACCAGGAUGACCAUUAUCAGGUGCCACUGAUAAGUGAGGGUUGUCUAGACAUUUUGGUGGAGAAUGUUGUCUGUGAUGAGGAGUUGUUUGAGCUUCUUGACAAUACAUCGGUGCUAUCGGAAGUUCCAAAUGCAACGUAG